AGACCUAAGAAAAGCGCAUUUAAACGGUAAUUUAUUAUCAUCUUGGAUCUGUACUUUGACACCCGUCCACAAGAGGCGAGCUACAACUUCACGUGUAGCGAAACCAAGCCAAGGAACCAGCAGAAGCUUCCCGGCAGAAUUAUGUCAUUGAAAUGCAUAGUGUAAAAAGUAUAACACGGUUAAGUUAUCAUUAAGUCACCCAAAGCUAGUUCCUCGUCUGUUAAAGAGGGAUAACUGUAAUUGUCAUUAUGUCUGGAGUACUAGCAAGACUGCUGUUUUACCCCACGUUAGCCUACAAUGUUGUCAUGGAGAAGGUGUCUUUGAGGCGGUGGUUCGACCGGGUGGACCAAACCAUAAUACUUGGGGCUCUGCCUUUCAGAUCUAUGACAGAUGAGCUGGUGCAAAAAGAGCAUGUCAGGGGAGUCAUCACCAUGAACGAAGAGUAUGAGACAAAAUACUUCUGCAACUCGACUGAGGAGUGGAGUGCUGCAGGGGUGGAACAGCUGAGGCUGAGUACAGUGGACCUGACGGGAGUGCCAAGCAUGGAGAACCUCCAUAGAGGGGUUGAGUUCGCCUUGAAGCACCGGCAGAAUGGAACCAGCGUCUACGUUCACUGCAAGGCCGGUCGCUCGCGUAGUGCCACCCUAGCCGCUGCCUACCUCAUACGGUUACACAGUUUGAGUCCAGAAGAAGCCUGUCAGACGUUAGCCUCUGUCCGACCACACAUCUUGGUUCGAUCAGCACAACUGGAGAUGCUCAGAGGGUACCACCAGCAAGUCUGUGAAGGGGGGUCAAGAAUUGACUCGGUCUAAAUUGUAUUCAAAACGUAUAUUUAUGACGAGGGAUAUCGAAGGACUUGUCUCUGCUGUGUCAAAAACUGAAGUUUACAAAUCUAUUUUUUGUAUAAUUUCAGCAACAUCCAUAAAGCAAUGUAAAGCCUACUAUCUGUUUAUGAAAUGGCUCAAACUGUAUCCAGACAUUUUCUACAAGACUGUUGCUUGCUUGGAAUUCAAUAAACAAGUUCUCACAUUUCUCCCAUUAAUCUAAUUCAAUUUAAUGUUACCGUUAAUUUUAAGUGAUUAUCCGAUCUGCAGACGAAAUACACCAGACUUACACGGACUCCAGUGCAGAAGUUGGCGUUAGUGAGUAGACCCUGAGUUGGUCUCCACGCUUGCCUUUAUGCGAAGAAGAAAAGAUUACAUUUGUACAAAGAUGGCGGCGUCGUUAGUUCGUCUCGUCCGCGGAGGUCUUUGCCGAAGUUUAAAUGUUGCCAAUCGAAGCGCAUGUCUGGUGCAGGCGAGGGCGGAGACCACAACGACUGAAACUAGACCCACAGUAAGGUCCAAGGAUUCCGUCACUCACAACCAGCUGUCUGCUUUUGGGGAGUAUGUGGCAGAGAUGA